AUGUCUCGACUGGUGUCAGUCAGGCUACACAUGAUCCAUUUGUACAUAGACGGUCUGGAGCACAACGUUGGAAGGACAUCCGAUGAGGACAGGAUCGGCGCCCAGAGCCCUAGCAGGGCAGGCAGGUACGGGCAAAAGGAGGCCUGCGCACGGCCUGGUAUGCGAAUUCUAGCGAGGCGUUGGGAAUCAUUUGUUUUUGGAGCGGGACAGGAAGUGUGUAACUUGGUAUGGGAACCGGGCAAAUGGGUGUUGACUUGGGGUUGCUUCGGCUCUGCGGAGGAGCACUGGAUAGGGUGUGGUGGCGGUGUACCAAUGAAGCCGCAAGGCCGCAAUGCAGCUUGGCCGAGCUCGAUGAAGAUGGAAAUUUGA